AUGGCACCAGGGGAUGUGGUGCCAGACCAUGCCAAGCAACUGAAGCCCAAGGAGAAGCGCCCUGGAAACAAGGCAUCGAAAGCAGACUGUGAGCCCGAUGGCUCCUUUGUCUUCGAGGCUCACGAGGCUUGGAAGGACUUCCAUAACUCCCUCAGGCACUUCUAUGAAGUGGGGGAGCUCUGCGAUGUCACGCUGAAGGUUGGCAGUAGGUUGAUACCAUGCCACAAGCUAGUGCUGGCUUGUGUUAUCCCUUACUUCCGGGCCAUGUUCCUGUCGGAGAUGUCUGAGGCCAAACAGAAUCUGAUAGAGAUCAAGGACUUUGAUGGCGAUGCCAUCCAGGACCUGGUGCAUUUUGCCUACUCCUCUAAGCUCACGUUAACAGUGGAUAAUGUCCAGCCACUGCUUUAUGCUGCCUGCAUCCUUCAGGUGGAGUUGGUGGCGAGAGCCUGCUGUGAGUACAUGAAGGCCCAUUUCCACCCCACCAACUGCCUGGCAGUUCGGACUUUUGCCGAGAGCCACAAUCGCGUGGACCUGAUGGACAUGGCCGACCGCUACGCCUGCGAGCAUUUCACCGAGGUAGUGGAGUGUGAGGACUUCACAUGUGUGUCUCCCCAGCACUUGCGCACAUUAUUGUCCUCGAGUGAGCUCAAUAUCCACUCAGAGACACAGGUGUAUAACGCCGCAGUGAAAUGGCUGAAAGCAAACCCACAGCACCACGAGGCCUGGCUGGACCAGAUCAUGUCUCAGGUGCGCCUCCCCCUGCUGCCUGUCGACUUCCUGACUGGAACUGUGGCGAAGGACGAGAUGAUCAAAGGUAACUUGAGUUGUCGUGACCUGAUGGAUGAAGCCAGGAACUACCACCUCCACCUCAGCAACAAGGUGGUGCCUGACUUUGAGUAUUCAAUCCACACCGUACCCCGGAAACAUACUGCAGGGGUUUUGUUCUGUGUGGGUGGCCGGGGUGGCUCUGGUGAUCCAUUUCGCAGCAUCGAGUGCUACUCCAUCACUAAGAACAGCUGGUUUUUCGGCCCUGAAAUGAACAGCAGACGACGUCAUGUGGGUGUAAUAUCUGUCGGAGGAAAGGUCUAUGCUGUUGGAGGCCAUGAUGGUAACGAGCACUUAGGCAACAUGGAGAUGUUCGACCCCCUCACCAACAAAUGGAUGAUGAAAGCCUCGAUGAACACUAAGAGGAGGGGUAUUGCCCUGGCAGCUCUCGGUGGUCCCAUCUACGCUAUAGGAGGCCUGGACGACAACUCCUGCUUCAACGACGUGGAGCGUUACGACAUUGAAAGUGACUGCUGGAGCGCCGUGGCCCCGAUGAACACACCCAGAGGAGGAGUGGGAUCUGUGGCGUUGGGGAGUUUUGUGUAUGCGGUGGGAGGCAACGACGGCGUGGCGUCACUGUCCAGCGUGGAGCGCUUUAACCCUCACCUCAACAAAUGGACAGAGGUCAGCGAGAUGGGCCAGCGACGGGCUGGGAAUGGAGUCAGCAAACUGAAUGGCUGCCUCUAUGUUGUGGGUGGUUUUGAUGACAACUCCCCCCUGAGCUCCGUAGAGAGAUUUGACCCUCGAAUGCACCGCUGGGAGUAUGUGUCUGAGCUGACAACCCCUCGCGGUGGCGUAGGGGUCGCUUCUGUCAUGGGAAGGGUGUUCGCAGUCGGGGGCCACAACGGGAACAUCUACCUGAACACAGUGGAGGCGUUUGAGCCUCGAAUGAACAGAUGGGAGCUGGUGGGUUCAGUGUCUCACUGCCGUGCCGGAGCCGGGGUGGCCGUCUGCUCGUCUCACGUCAGCAAGAUCAGGGACGUCGGCCAGGGCUCCAGCAACGUGGUCAACUGCAUGUGACCGCCACUCCGCUCAUUACCAGGUGACUGAAUUGCCCGGUCGCCAACAGAUCUGAUCACUGCACAGGCAACACAACACAAAAAGCACACAGAGCGAUUUCGCCCUGCAACGUUAUUAAUGUCAACACUCUGAGCUUCAGCCUCAAACUGAUGAAGGCUGAUGUUCAGUUUGCACUCUGACCGAGGAAUAUAAGAGAGAUUUCACGCCUGACAAAUCUUCUCUGACACAUUCAAGACAUUAUUCUCGACCUGUGCUAGUGUUAUUUGCAAUCAGUGAUGUAGUAUUUUGUACUGUAUUUUCUUUUGUUUUACUUUCUCGACAUAGUUUUGACUUUUAAAGAAAAGGGAAAAUAGAAGCUGAGCCUCAUAUUUACUACUAACCUUUCGAGAGUGAGAGGUGAGCUUGGAUUCAGAACUACUAGGUUUCUUAACCGUGCACAUAAUAAAUAAUGGUCCGUGUAGUGGGCCAGUAUGAAAAGAUUUCAAAUGUUUACUGCCUAAGAUUGUCUCUGGAUUUCUCUUUGGCUCUGCUUUUUUGGUUUCUUUAUUCUCAGAGAAAGAAUUUAGACACAUUCAUACUGGAUUCAACACCUCGUUUGCAGUGCAGCGUGUGGAAUUCUAACACUUACAUCAGCAGUCAAGUAGGAUGAAGUAGUCAAAUACAUUUCCAAGAUUCCUACGUUCGUUUCCCAGGGUAAGUGAAAACAUCCUUCAUGGUGAAUCUGACUCUAAAGUACUGUUUCUAUCCGCAGUUCCAGCUGCUGUAAGCUGGAUCACAGCAGCUGGAAUGUGACUGUAAAUGUGUUUAAACAAUCAUUUGAGGCUGAUUGGGACAAAUCAGUCACUGGGCAGAAGGUCCGGGGAAUUUAACUGAUGCAAGUGCCAAACACAAAAAUAUGCGUCAGCCGCUUUUACCUCGUCCUCAGGUUUGAGAAACGUUUGACAGCUAAAAAGUUGAGUGAAGGACAGAUCUGAGCAAUACGGUGCACGUCCCCACUUCUUUUUCAGUUUACAUUAUUGUGUAGAAAUGUAUUCAGAGUGACUGCAGAUUUUCAAAUUUGCGUUGGACGAUAGCUGGACUGUCAGUAAUCUUAGUCAGAGUUUUCAGAUGUGUUUGAGAUUCCGAUGAGGUUUGUCUCUGCAGAUGGUUCUGUUAUAUUUUAAUAUAUGGACAUUUUUGUAUUAUAAAAUGGGUGUAUCUUUGGUAUUAUUCUUUAUGACACUAUCUAAUCCAUUGCUGUGCACUAUUUUCCUAGAAUAGAUAUGAAGUCUGAGUAUAUUUUUGUCCUAAAUGGAGAAUUUCAUGUAAUUCAUGUUAUGAGUUUGAAGAUGCUUAUUUAUCACUCACACCUAUUUCGGUCAUAUCGAAGAAAAACGUCAUAAUUUCUAGCAACACUUGUUUUUUCAGGAUAGGCUGAGUGAUGACUAUAAAACAGAAAUUCUAUAUACGGUUUAUACUAGAGGUAUAGAUAUAAUUGCACAAUUUGUGUCCUAUCAUUAUUAAUACUAUCAAUAAUUUUUACUCCAAAACUGAAGUUGUUGCCAACCUUGUUCCCAAAUGAGACCGAGUCUUUUGUAAACUUUACUGUUCUUUGUGUUGUUCUUACUCCCUUUGGCUGCUUUCUUCUUGUGCUUUUUAUUCACAUGGUAUUGGAAUAAAUUGGUACAAUAAA